UGGCAAUCCGCCGUCAAGCUAGCUCCUCCCCCCGGCAGUGACACAACCACAAAGCCUUCCUUCAAGGACUCUACGUUUUUGGGGUAAUUAGGUAUUAAAGGCUGAAGAAGAGCCCGAGAAUGAGUCAGUUCAAGGAGCGUUUUGUGACUCUGCUCCAUGAGAAGAACUUUGUCACCGACCAGCUGGCGACGCUUGAACAAAAAACGGGACUGAAGAGAGAAUAUAUCACUUUGGGUGCCCUCUGCAUUGUCGGACUCUUUCUCCUGUUCGGGUACGGGGCCUCGCUGCUCUGCAACCUCAUCGGUUUUGUCUACCCAGCGUAUUUUUCUAUCAAAGCCAUUGAGAGCACAGUGAAGGAGGAUGACACGCAGUGGCUCACCUACUGGGUUGUGUAUGGACUCUUCAGCAUUGUAGAAGCCUUCUCUGACAUCUUCCUCUUCUGGUUCCCCUUUUACUAUGCUGGAAAGUGCGCAUUCCUCAUCUGGUGCAUGUCUCCGGUGACGUGGAACGGCUCCGACAUCUUGUACAUGCGUGUCAUCCGCCCCUUUUUCCUGAAACACCAGGAAGCCAUGGACAGCGUGGUGAGCGACCUCACCGCCACGGCCACGAGCGUGUCAGAAAGCGUCAGAAAGGAGGAAACCGGAAGCAAGGUUGGUUGCAUGAACAGAGUCACUCGCUUUCUGGUAACCAAGCAACGCAGGAAGUGAUCACUGAUCAGUGGGAGUGACACGCUAACAGCCAAUCAGCUGUUAAUCGGGCUCUCAACCAUGGCAGGGACCAGUGAGGACCUUGGGAAAGUCUUGUGUGAUUUCUGUGUGUAUGAGACAAAGUGAAUGUGUGGGGUUUUUUUGCGAAUGUGUGUGUGUUUACGUCCUAUGGCAUGGAAGUGAAUUAUGAUUUAAAGCUCAUAUCAAGCAAUUCAUUGCUGUCGGUACGAUGAGCACAAAUGUGAACAUUUAGUCGGACCAUUUAAGACUGGAAACAAAAAACUUUAUUAUAUCGACGUCUUUUUUUCCCUCUCACCAUGGUGAACUCGCGCAUGUAGCAGCUCAUUUUUUAAGAUCUUUCCAAUCGAUGUCUUAAUGUACAUCUUCUAAUGACGAAGACACAAUAAAAUGCAACCUUGACGAACUC